CUCGCAUCAUCUUAGGACCCUAAAACGCCAGACUAAAGUCCGCAAUCGAUGCCUACUUACACCAUUUUUCACGUCUCUACAGCACCGUAACCUGGUAGUGGGCUCGAAGCAAGAGUUUGAGGCGUGUUGCCGUCAAUUCUAGUACUCAAUAAUGCCUUCGUCAGGAACACAAACUGGAAAGCAGUGUCUCAACUUAACAUUGUAGUGUACUGUAUGGUAAUGUUCAGAGCGACGGUCAUUAGUAGCAAGGCUGAUAAGCCAAUGGUCCGUGCGGGUUAGCGCGCGUUGAAUCCCACAGCGAAAUUCGCUUGCGCGCAAACGCGAACUUUUCCUUUCGACAACCACAAGCCGGAGCAACUACCUCAGGAACUUUAUCAAUCACUUCCUAUACGCAACGAUGGCCCCCAAGAAGAGCAAGAGGACCGCUGACUCCAUCAACUCGCGCCUGGCGCUUGUUAUGAAGUCUGGAAAGGUCACCCUCGGUUACAAGUCCACCCUCAAGAGCCUCCGCUCUGGCAAGGCCAAGCUUGUCAUCAUUGCCGGCAACACCCCUCCUCUCCGCAAGUCUGAGCUCGAGUACUACGCCAUGUUGUCCAAGACCUCCGUCCACCACUUCUCCGGCAACAACAUUGAGCUCGGUACCGCCUGCGGUAAGCUCUUCCGCUGCUCCACCAUGGCCAUCCUCGAUGCUGGUGACUCCGACAUCCUGACCACCAACACCGAGAACUAAGAAGUUACUCUGAGAGUGAGGGGUCCAGAUAGAUUUGAUACCUACGUACGGCUUCAGUGCUGGUGCGAUGAUGAUAUCCAAUGAAUGACAAGACUUAUGAGCCGUAAAAGGCCUGUCAAAC